AUGAUGCCCAAAAGUCAGACAGCUUCUUCAAAUGAAGAUACUGAGGAAGGCGACCCUUCUGAGCUUCAUCAGAGAGAUAAGGCUGCGGAGAGAGCUGUCACUCGAGUAUACAAAUCAUCGAGGCGCGUCAUCUCCAAUCUUAGCGCUCUACUCCACCUCCUGGUGGUGUUCGACAUCGACCUAGAUCCGGAGUCCCUGCCAUCAUCCGACGAAGCUGCAACUGCCGCCUGGAAAGAUAGUCACAAGAAAUUUAAGGCGACUCUGAUGAAGGUCUACGAUGCGGCCGAUGAGGCUGUCGAUAUGGCACUUCGCGCCGAAAACCACUUGGCUACUGAACAUCACGAGAUCUUGAUGCGUGACGUAUGCCUAAUCCGAGAAGCGGUGAAGCAGGCCCUGCCCCAGGAUUUGUACGACAGAGUUGUCGGCAAGGGCAAGGAACCUAAAGGCAAGAGCGUUGGGCGUUAG